AUGAAAAAUAUAAUUGCAGCCACAUUGACGACUCUACUAAUUGGUUUGAGUUUCUACCAAGUAAAUUUAGAUACUGUUUCUGAUUUUGAAAGAUGGACUUUGAAAAAUGGCAAAAUUUAUUAUGGAAAUGAGAAAAUAUACAGAUAAACAAUUUAUUAUCAAAAUAAAUAAAUGAUUUAUUAACAUAACAAAAGAAAUGAUAUUACUUAUUAAAUGGCAGAAAAUCAAUUUAUGACUAUUACAAAUGAAGAAUUUAUUAGACUUUAAUUGAAUAAUAAUUCAUUUGAAUAAUUAAAUGAUUAAGAUAAAGUUAAAAGAAAUAAUAUACAUUAAUCUUCUGAACCAAUUAAUAAAGAAAAUAAAAAAUGGCCAAUUGAUUGGAGAGGUUUGGUAAACGGUAAUUCUAUGGUUCUGGUAUAUUUUCUGAUUGCACUAGCAAUUCAAAUUAUUAUGCAUUAGCUGUUGGUUAUGAUUCAUCAGAUAAUUGGUUUGUUUAAGCAUCUUUUGGAACUACUUGGGGGGAAUCUGGAUAUAUAAGAUUAGCACCUGGAAAUACUUGUGGUAUUUUAAAUCAUUUUUGGUAAGUGGUGUUGUAUAAUUGAUUUAUCAUAUUACCAUUAAGCAUAAAAUAAAAAUUUCACCCAAUCUCCAAAUAUUAAUCAAUUCAAUAAGAAAUAUGUUUUUCUAAAUAAAAUCAUAUUCAUAAAAAAAAGACAUUUUUCCUUUAUUUCUUUUUUGAAUUCUGUUUUAAUUUCUUUCUUAAUAUUAUCUAUUCAUUAAUUUUCAAAAUUUUAUAUAUUAAAUAAUUGUUCAUGCAUAAUUACGGACAUAUUGAUGGGGAUAGUGGAUUGAUGACAUCAUAAUUCCAUCUUGGGGAUUCUCCUAAGGCCAUGAUAGAUUACAGUCAUAGUGAAAGAAUUGAAACUUUAGUUUAGAAAAGCAUUAUGCAAACAGAGAUUAGAAAACGUAGAACAGGAGAAUCCUAAAGUCUUAUAGAACACUCGAAUAUGCAAUUAAAUGGUCAUCUAUUACCUUAAAUUACUUUAAAUUGUUAAUCUCCAGCAGUAUUUGAUUAGAUAGCACUUGAACUUAAAUAAUAGUAAUUUAUAUUUGUUAAUAUUUUAAGUAACUACACUUGUAUUAUGAGGGAAGCUAAUUAAAUGAUGUUUCUUUAAACUAAGCUUGAUUCUUUUUGUUAAAAGAUCAUUAAGAAUGUGUGUACUCCCACUUAUAUAGCAAGUUAAAGUAACAAUAGCCUUAUUUUGGUUAAAUAUUCAAAAUAGAAACUCAAAAUUGAUGCAUUAUCUGGAGUAAAGAUAAUUAUCAUUAUAAUUAGAAUUAUAAAUUGAAUGAAGAUGUAUUAUUGUCUGUUUGUUUUGUUGUUAAAAGAUAUAAUCAAACACAUAAGGAUUUUGAGCCGGUAGAUGAUAUGAGUCAUAUUAAUCCAUUUGCUAUUACAGCAAUUUCAAUGAAUAGAAUUUAUAUUUAUUUGGAAGACAAUUAAGAGUUUAAAUAAAAGUUGAAUGCUAUUUUAAAAGACAUUGAUUCAAUAGCUAAGCCAAAGAAAUAAUAGUUAUAGAAAUAUAUGCAAGAAAGUUCGUAAUUGGUUCUUGAUACAUUUUAGCAGUUUAAAUAAAAAACAUUGAAAUAUGAUUAUCAAUAUUAUUUGAUGGCAAUAGAGAAAGUAGUGUUUGAAUCGGUUUAUGAUAAGCUAUUUCAUUUUUAUAUUGAUUUCAAUGAAAAGAAUGAAAAUCAAUUUAACAUCAAAAAGUAUUGAUAAAUGAAAAUAGAGAUAACAAAUAAUUGCCAAGUGUAGUGAACAUGAAACCAUGGAAUUCCUAGAAAUAAAAAAUAAAUAUAGAUUAAAUCAAUAAUAUUGGAAUGGGAUUGCUGAAUUAAAUAAAGUGGAUAAAUCUACAAAUCCAAGAGAUAAACUUAGAUCAAUAUAAUAAAUGAUAUGUCUAAUAAAAUGUAUUGAUUUUAAUAUAUAAUAUGAUUAGCUAUAAUAUAUGAAAAUAGUAAUUGUGAAUUAUCAACAAUGGAUGAUGAAUUACCAGUUAUGAUUUACAUCAUCUUAUAUAGUGAAUUUUAGAAUAAAUUUGCAUCUAUUCAUUAUGUGGAUGAUUUUUGUAAUACUGAUCCCACAAUUGAAACUGAGAAAAGAACAGUAACUACUCUUAGAGUUUCUUUAGAGUAUAUUGCUAAUGAUUGGUAAAUUUGA